UCCUCGUAGCUAGCCUGCAUAUAAAUAUACUCACAUCACAAACCAUUUCUUGUAUCCUAAGAAACAGAGAAGAGAGCUCUAGUCUAGCACAACACAACCAAUAUAUUCAUUAUUCAUUCUUCUUUCAUCUCACCACUCUCUCUCACACCUACACCUACAUAUACAAACGAAACUAACAAGUAAUUCGUUUUAUAUUCAUUCAAAUGGGUAGUGUCGGCGACUUUGAGUUUCCCCAAAGCAACGCUCUUUUAAACAUAGCCGGUCGUGCAAGCAAUGAUAACCCGCUAGACCCUGAGGAGUUCCGGCGUCAAGGCCACAUGGUGAUAGAUUUCAUCGCCGAUUACUACAAAAACAUCGAGAAGUAUCCGGUUCUUAGCCAAGUAGAACCGGGCUACCUCAAAAAGCGGCUCCCGACUUCAGCUCCUUUCUAUCCGGAAUCCAUUGAGACAAUUCUAGGUGAUGUCCAGGACCACAUCGUUCCGGGAAUAACCCACUGGCAGAGCCCCAACUACUUUGCAUACUUCCCUUCCAGCGGAAGCAUUGCAGGCUUCCUUGGAGAAAUGCUAGCCACUGGCUUCAAUGUCGUUGGAUUCAACUGGAUGUCGUCUCCAGCCGCAACUGAGUUGGAGAGCAUAGUGAUGGAUUGGCUUGGUCAAAUGCUCAGACUGCCUAAGUCAUUUCUUUUUUCUGGAAAUGGAGGCGGUGUCCUACAAGGAACCACAUGCGAGGCAAUCUUGUGUACUCUCGUUGCUGCCCGAGAUCGAACUCUCAGAAUCAUUGGAAACGAUAAUAUUGGAAAGCUCGUCGUUUAUUGUUCCGACCAAACUCAUUGUGCUUUCAAGAAAGCUGCCCAGAUAGCAGGGAUCAAUCCCAACAAUUUCCGAGUUAUCCCCACAACUUUAUCGUCUUCGUUUUCUAUGUGUCCCAAGGCUUUGAGAAACACCAUAACUGCUGAUGUUGAGGCUGGACUCGUUCCCAUAUUUUUGCUCGCAACUGUCGGGACAACGUCCACAACUGCUGUUGACCCACUCGGACCUCUAUGUGACGUGGCAAAAGAUUACGGAAUGUGGGUCCACGUGGAUGCGGCCUAUGCUGGGAGCAUUUGCAUUUGCCCAGAAUUUCGACACUUCAUUGACGGAGUAGAAGGAGCUGACUCCUUUAGCUUUAACGCUCACAAAUGGUUCUUCACCACCUUGGAUUGUUGUUGUCUUUGGGUGAAAGACCCCUCAGCAUUGACACAAUCAUUGUCUACUGAUCCUGAAUAUUUGAAGAACAAGGCCACCGAAUCAAAGCAAGUGGUUGACUAUAAAGACUGGCAGCUCGCUCUAAGCAGACGAUUCCGCUCUCUCAAGUUGUGGCUCGUGCUCCGUAGCUAUGGAGUUGAGAAACUACGUGGGUUCCUACGAAGCCAUGUGAAGAUGGCCAAGGUGUUCCAAGGUUUUGUGGAAGCUGACAACAGAUUUGAGGUUGUGGUUCCGAGGAAUUUUGCCAACGUGUGUUUCAGAAUAUCGCCUUCGGCAGUAAUGAAUAAAACUAAUAACGGAGUAUUGGGUGAGAUAACUAACAGUAAUGAUAUUAGUAGCCCAAGAACAAAGACAAAGAUGGGAAUGGUGAAUGAAGUGAACCAGAAAUUGAUGGAGUCGAUUAAUGGGUCAGGUGGGAUUUACAUGACCCAUUCGGUUGUUGGUGGUAUCUAUUUGCUUCGUUUCGCUGUUGGAGCCACUCUAACCCAAGAAUCUCAUGUCAUUGAGGCUUGGAACGUGGUCAAGCAACAUGCACACGCCAUACUCAACUCAAUUCCCACUACUCAAUAGAUAACCCAACAAUUAAUACAUUUCAAUAUUUUUCAUUCUUUAAUUAAUUUGACUGGUCAAUAAUGAUAAUUUCCUAGCUUGUCAAGGUAUACUUUUACAUACGCAAUAAUAUUAAUUUACAAAUGUACUUCGAUUAUUCUAUAAUUCUUUAUAUGUCUACAAAUUUGUUGUAUUUUACAAAUGUGAAACUGAAAGAUAUAAAUUUUACUCUUUA